UGGCACACACCAGCUACUAGUUUCAGUUGUGAAGCAAAUGGCGUCUUCAGUGAUGGCAUCUGUGAGUCUCAAACCAGCUGGUUUCAGUCUUGAGAAAUCCUCAGUGAGAGGACUUCCUUCCCUUUCAAGAUCUUCUGCCUCCUUCAGAGUUGUUGCAUCUGGUGGCAAGAAGAUUAAAACUGACACUCCUUAUGGAACUGGUGGUGGCAUGAACUUGAGGAAUGGAGUUGAUGCAUCUGGCAGGAAGCCAAGGGGAAAGGGUGUUUACCAGUAUGUGGACAAGUACGGUGCUAAUGUUGAUGGAUACAGUCCUAUCUACGAUACCAAGGACUGGUCUCCAACCGGUGAUGUCUACGCUGGAGGUACGACUGGCUUGGCUAUCUGGGCUGUAACUCUACUUGGUCUUCUGGCUGGGGGAGCUCUUCUUGUCUACAACACAAGUGCUUUGUCACAAUAGACUGUGCUAAAUUGAUAUUCUAGUUAAAACAUUCCAUGUAUCUGUAAAAAUGAAGGAAAUACUCAUGAAGUACUUUCUGGAGAACGUUUUCCUUCACUUCUAUAAAUAUGUGAACUGUGAAAUGUCCUUAUGUUUGUAUAACCGUGCAUAUUCAUGUUUAUGUUAAUCUCAUUAUGGGUUAAAUUGUAUGCUUUGUGCCAUUGGGGCACUUUUCCUUCA